AUGCCUCGCGCUCUAGCCAAGGUUGGCGACCACGUGGUUGCUGAGACUGAUUCCUGGGAGUUUGUGGAAGGCAACAUAUACUUCCCUCCCUCCGCAAUCAAGGAUCAAUCACUGCUGCAACAUUCCGAUCUGUCGACUUUUUGUUCAUGGAAGGGCUACGCUUCUUACUGGAAUGUUGUCGUAGAAGGAAAAACUUUGGAAAAUGCCGCUUGGUACUACAAAGAGCCCUACGACAAGGCUAAAAACCUGAAGGAUUACAUUGCUUUUUAUAAAGACAAGGUUGAUAUUAUCGAGGAGUAA